GCAACAGCUCCCCCAGUCACCAAGUGUACGCACAUUCCUUUGAGCUAUCUUACGCAUAGACUGCUACAUAAGUACCCUCAUAAUUCUAGCUCUCGAGAUCCCGAGCUCAGUGUCUCCCCUUUGCGCUCCUUUGGACGGCUUGCCCCACAUGGCUUCCCCGACACACACUCCGCCUUCGCCAUCGGCCUCGUUCUACGACUUGAGCGACGACGAAGAGGGAGAGUACAAUACUAUUCGACACACAAAUAGCGGCAGAGGGGUGAAGCUUCUAUAUACGAAGAGCAAAGUAUACGUGCACCCCUCGGCCUCUUCCAAAGAUAACAUCCCCGGCUUCGUAGCUCUCGUGCAGCAGAAGUCUGCACGAACUACCAACGAUGCGCGCCCUACCUCCUCUUCGUCGGCUCGAAGCGUCAACGCGUCUUCGUUGCUCCUGGCCUGGAUACCCGAAUCAGGCCUCGGAGAUGCUUACGAUACCUACGUCAAAGUUGAUCUGUCAGACUCCUCCUCCCCACCGAGACAAUCAUACCUCGUCCCUCCGCCGCCUACAACAUCCACGCAUACCGGAACGCCCGGGUAUGCAUUCGCUCUACCCGUCAGCGAGAUAUACUCCGUGUUGAUACGACCGCCGAGUAUAGGAUGGUGGUUCGGAAGCGUAGUCGUCAACACUCGUGCUGGCGAUAGCUUUCCGGCGCUGUUUUUCCAUGACAGCGAAUGUCAGUCUACCAUCAUGCAAAGGAAGAAGCUUGCAAAGGAGAGUUUCGAUCCAUUUGGUGAUGGGGGAGGCAUGUUCUGGGGCGGCGACGAGGUCUUGCGGUGGUUGAAGCGAUAUGUCCCAGUGGAGCGCUCUGGAGCCGACCCGAGUAUAUACCUCAUCGAUCCCUCCGAAGACGACAAGCGAUCCUUUGGCCGAGAUGCUGCACCGAGGAAAAGUACCGAAGGUUCUGGAGAUGCUUCGUCUUCACAGCAGGCUGGCAAGAGGGACGGUGGCAUGGAUCCUGUCACAAAGGCAUUGAAAGAAGCGAGGUGGAGCUUCCUCGAGAAACUCAGCCAAGUUACGACAUUCACGAGAAGGACAGCUCAGGCUGUCGCAGAGAACCCGAAAAUUCCACCACAGGUCCGACGAUUGAUUCAGAACCCAGAAGUACAGACACUACAGGAAGAGUUCGACAGCGCACGACUAUAUCUGGCAAGAUGGGCUAUGGGCAUUGCCGAGCAAAGCGAGCGUGAACGAAACCAGAGAAUAUGGACUGCAAAGGACGUCUUGGCUAUGGAGCAGAGCGAUGUUGGCGACUUCGAGAUUCUCGACAUGGACAAAAUGACCAUGGCUGAUCGAAGGAAACCCGUGACUCUCAAAGAAUGGAAAGACUUCUUCGACCCAAAAGGCCGACUACAGCUGAAACCAGAUGAAGUCAAAGACCGGAUAUUCCACGGCGGAUUAGAUCCAGAUGAUGGCGUUCGAAAGGAGGCCUGGCUGUUCCUCCUGGGAGUUUACGAUUGGGAUAGUUCGGAAGAAGAGCGACGCGCAAACCUAAACAGCCGCCGAGACGAGUAUAUCCGACUGAAAGGUGCUUGGUGGGAGAGGAUGAUCGAAGGCCAUCAAAAUGAAGAACAGGAGGAGUGGUGGAAAGAGCAGAAGAACAGAAUAGAGAAGGAUGUACACCGAACAGAUCGCAAUAUACCAAUAUUUGCGGGAGAAGACAUUCCGCACCCUGACCCCGACUCACCCUUCGCCGAAGUUGGCACCAAUGUUCAUCUUGAACAGAUGAAAGACAUGCUUCUCACAUAUAACGAGUACAACAAAGAUCUUGGCUACGUGCAAGGUAUGAGCGAUCUACUUGCACCCAUAUAUGCAGUCAUGCAGGACGAUGCCAUUGCCUUCUGGGGCUUCGUUGGGUUCAUGGACCGAAUGGAACGAAACUUCCUGCGAGAUCAGUCCGGCAUGCGCAAGCAGCUCCUUACACUCGAUCACCUCGUCCAGCUCAUGGACCCCAAGCUUUAUGUCCACCUCCAGUCCGCUGAAUCAACAAACUUCUUCUUCUUCUUUCGAAUGUUACUUGUCUGGUACAAGCGAGAGUUUGACUGGGCAGAUGUCCUCCGAUUGUGGGAGUCGCUGUGGACCGAUUACCAGAGUAGCAACUUCCACAUCUUCGUUGCGUUAGCUAUUCUUGAGAAACAUCGAGAUGUGAUUAUGGCGCAUCUCAAGCAUUUCGAUGAGGUGCUCAAGUAUGUGAACGAACUCUCCGGCACCAUGGACUUAGAAUCAACACUCGUUCGCGCCGAGUCCCUGUUCAAGAGAUUUCAGCGAACAGUGGAGACAAUCGACAAGAAGGGUAAUUUCCCUUCCGCACCACAAGCGAGACAACGAAAGCUUGCAGCCGUGGAUGUACCAAGCCCAGACCCAAAAUCAAGCCCUAGCCCAUCAACCUCGAAUGAGCAAGCAGCGACAUCCGGUAUCGAUAAGGGCAAGCAAGUCGGCGAAGCAGAUGAAGACGCAAGAGUUAUAAGCCCGGAGCUGCGCGCCUUACUAAGCCGAAAGGUAGAGAAGCUCGAUAAAAGCAUCGUCAUUGAGCAUGGCGGUGGAGUCGGCAAGUGAUUAUGAAUGAUCAAGGAUUCUUUGGCUUCUUGGCGUUUGGAUGGUAUACCAUAUGUGGCGCAUUGGGGUGUAUCGUGGAC